AUGACGUCCACAGCAUCAACGGGCGCAGUCCCAACCCCCGACGUGACUCCUUCGACGGAAAAUAUCUCGCUUGGACAGCGCAUGAUCUCUGCGACGGCCGGGAACAUCUUGACAGGCUUACUCGUCACUCCCUUGGAUGUUGUACGCGUACGGCUACAAUCACAAUCGCAGACAUCCACGGCCGCUUCUUAUACCACACAUACCACUCAGACGUUGAAGAACCUCCCACCGAACCUCGGGAUUACAGCAUGUUGCCGUGAAGUGUUUUGGGUAGGAGAUAAUGCGCAGAUUUGUAUGUUUGAGCCACAAGGAGGCGUGCUGAGGAGUCCGGCACACCCUGCACUUGACUGUGCUGUGGAGGAGACCCAGCGACGGACCUUCACUUCGACCUUUGAUGGAUUGCGGAAGAUUGCCCGGAAUGAGGGCUUCUGGACCCUGUGGCGCGGACUCAGUCCCACUCUGAUGAUGGGCAUUCCGGCGAACAUUAUUUAUUUCGCCGGAUAUGACUGGCUCCGGACGGAUGAUCGCAGUCUCAUCAAGCAGAAUGUGUCCGAUGUAUAUGCGCCAUUUGUGGCCGGCGCAAUAGCUCGCACGGCGGCCGCAUCGGCCACAAGUCCGGUUGAGAUGUUCCGAACGAGGCUUCAGGCCACUCCCGGCCACGGUGCGGGUCACUUCAAAGCCACUUUGGAGGGCCUGUACCAAAUGACCCAGUCCAGCGGCUAUACAUCCCUGUGGCGAGGACUGUCGCUCACCAUGUGGCGCGACGUGCCCUUCUCCGGUCUUUACUGGUGGGGAUAUGAAAAGGUGAAGCAGGCGUUAGAGAAUACACGAAAACAUGCACCACAUCUCCCCACUUCAGAUAUCGAUGCACCAUCUACGACAACGGCCUUCUUUGAGAGCUUCAUUGCCGGUGCCACCUCGGGAUCGGUGGCAGCAUUGGUCACCACGCCUUUCGACGUGGGCAAAACGAGGCAGCAGGUCUUCCGACACAUGGAUGACGGUGUUCCGCCGAGUGGUGGCCAACGUCCAUCUCUCCCUCCCAAGUCUCUCGCUCCUGAGCAGCUUUCCCUUCCGAAAUUCCUCAUGCACAUUCUUCGAGAAGAAGGCACGGCCGGUCUGUUCAAGGGUUGGGGAGCACGCUGCCUGAAAGUUGCCCCGGCCUGUGCCAUCAUGAUUUCGACAUAUGAAGUCGGCAAGCUCAUGGCUCGAGAGGUGAAUGAGCGCCGACACUCAGAGAGCUCUUAA